AUGAAAGUUACUGUACUUUUCAGCUCUAUUGCAUUGGGACUCUUGCCGUCCAUAAUUGCCAGUUCCGCCCCGACAGACUACUGGACUGUCAAACCUCGUGCGCUCUCAGAUGCCCCCAAUGGCUAUGCGCCAGUUCAUGUUGCCUGUCCGGCAAACCGGCCUACUAUUAGAAGCGCCUCGACGCUCUCCACCGAAGAAACAUCCUGGCUGGACACCCGGCGCGGCAAGACCAUCUUAGCCCUGAAAGACUUCUUCAGGCAUGUCGAAAUCGACGACUUUGACGCCUCAAGCUACAUUGAAAGUCACUCCAGCAACUCAUCCAACCUGCCCAAUAUUGGUAUUGCCAUAUCCGGCGGUGGUUUCCGUGCAUGCUUGAAUGGUGCUGGUGCUCUCAAGGCCUUUGAUAGCCGCACCCCAGGUGCAACUGCCAAAGGCCAGAUAGGUGGUCUGCUGCAGUCGGCCACUUAUGUUGCAGGCCUCAGUGGAGGCUCUUGGGCAGUCGCCUCGGUCUUUGUGAAUAACUUUACCUCGAUUUAUGACCUGCAAGAAAACUUCUGGAACUUUUCCUCGGCUAUGUAUAUAGGUGCACACGGCGCGGACCCCGUACAAUUUUGGGAUGAUAUCACGGCUCAAGUCAAGGCGAAGAAGGACGCUGGGUUUGUGACUAGUUCCCCAGACUUUUGGGGUCGGAUGCAAGGCUACAACUUUUUCAAUGCUAGUGAUGGCGGAGUGGACAUCACCUGGUCCUCCAUUGCGAAGACCCAAGCCUUCAAAGAUGGUGAUAUGCCACUACCUCUCGUGGUAGCUGAUGGUCAGUAUUUCAAUAAGUCCGCGGACGAAGUGACCGCCUUGAAUGACCCGGUUUAUGAGUUCUCUCCUUGGGAGUUCGGAACUUUUGAUACCUUGAUCUAUGGAUUUGCGCCGCUAGAGUAUCUGGGCUCUCGAUUUGUGAAUGGUGUGGUGCCAGAUAACGAGACCUGUGUGCGUGGCUUUGAUAAUGCUGGCUUCAUCACCGGCACGUCCAGUGAUAUAUGGAACAGUGGUGGCAUUGAUCUCGCCGCAACCUUACGCCAGGCCAUCUCUCAGACCCCGACUAAUACUUCUGAAGGCGCCCAAACUGUAGAACUGCUUUCAUAUGCCGUGAAACAAUAUCUGAGCGCCGUAAGCUCGACCAAUUCGACAGUGAAUGGCCCUGCUGCCUACCAGCCCAACCCCUUCUACCAGUACAACCAGGACUCCUUUGCCCAAGACACGAGGCUGACUGUAGUUGACGGUGGCGAAAAUAACGAAGAUAUUCCACUCAACCCGUUAAUUCAGAGAAAGCGCAACGUGGAUGUCAUCUUUGCUGUUGAUUCCGGCCAGGACACUGCGGAGACAUGGCCCAAUGGCACAACACUUAUCGCGACUUAUGAGCGUACCCUUGGUGGUUUCGCUAACGAUACAUCCUUUCCUUCUAUUCCAGACGCAAACACAUUUGUCAGCCUCGGUCUCAAUACACGCCCUGUCUUCUUUGGUUGCAAUAGCUCCAACCUGACGGCGCCCGCGCCUUUGAUUGUGUACUUGCCUAAUCACCUCGUCACCUACCCAUCGAACGUAUCCAUGUAUGUGACUAAUUUCGACACCGCAACGCGGGACGCUAUCAUCCUUAAUGGUUAUAACGUUGCUACCCAGUCCAACAGCACAGUGGAUUUCUCCUGGUCCACUUGUGUAGGCUGUUCCGUUCUCAGCCGCUCUUUCGAUAGAACCGGUACCCCUGUUCCGAGCGCUUGCAGUCAGUGCUUCCAACAUUACUGCUGGAAUGGAACGACCGACGAUCAGACCGUGCCUUCUUCGACAUCCCCAUCUGCCUCGUCAUCUCCAACCGCUCAUAACAUGGGUUCCUCUCUUGUUCCUGCUGCGUGGUCUAUCGUGAUAGUAGUUGGCGUCAUUCUUUUCACCGUCAUCUAA